GGAAGUACUUUGGACGCUGUUAGCAGUUAGCUUCUGCUAGCUUCAUGUCUGAAAACAGUCCGGCGGCGAGCGGUGUCCCUCCAGUUGGAUGCUGAAAUCCUGCACGGGUGACCGCAUGUGGCCCCUCUGACCCCCCCGGUUUCAUCCCUGUAGGAGCCUCAUCCAGUGCAAGCAUGUCCCACCAGACAGGACUGAAGCCCUCUUUGCGGUUCGGCCAGGUGGUGAUUGGGCCCCCGGGCUCGGGUAAAACCACCUACUGCAAGGGGAUGCAGGAGUUCCUGUCUCACUUAGGACGCAAGGUGGUUGUGGUGAAUAUGGACCCCGCCAACGAGGGGUUACCGUACUCCUGCGCUGUGGAUGUCUCAGAGCUGGUCACUCUGGACGAUGUCAUGGAGGGCCUCAAGCUCGGGCCCAACGGUGGGCUCCUCUACUGCAUGGAGUACCUGGAGGCUAAUCUGGACUGGCUUGAGAAAAAACUGAAGCUUCACAAUGACUGUUACUUUUUGUUUGACUGUCCUGGACAGGUAGAGCUUUACACCCACCAGAAUUCAGUCAAGAAUAUAUUCUCACAGUUGGCUAAGUGGAAUUUUAGGUUGACAGCAGUGCACCUUGUGGACUCUCAUUACUGCGCUGACCCGGCCAAGUUCAUCUCAGUACUGUGCACCUCUCUGUCCACAAUGCUGCAUGUGGAGCUCCCCCAUGUUAACGUUCUCUCCAAGAUGGACUUGAUAGAGCAGUAUGGCAAACUGGCUUUCAACCUGGACUUCUACACGGAGGUCAUGGACCUGACUUAUCUUCUCGAUCACUUGGCUGCAGACCCCUUCUUUAAAAAAUUUCACCAUCUGAAUCAAAAGUUGGCAGAGGUCAUUCAGGACUACAGCCUUGUCUCCUUUGUGCCUCUCAAUGUGCAGGACAAAGAGAGCAUGAUUCAGGUCUUGCGGGCAGUGGACAAGGCAAAUGGCUACUGCUUCGGAGACCUGGAGGAAAGGAAUCUGCAGGCCAUGAUGUCAGCGGCAGUGGGGGCAGACUUCCAGUUCAGCUCUACUCUUGGGGUGCAGGAGAAGUAUGUUGAGACCAGUGCAAAGACUGUGGAAGAAGAAAUGAUGGAUCUGUGAAUUGCAAAGCCAGAAGAAGAAGUGGUUUCCUCCAUAACACAUUUAUACCCAAGAACUCUCGGCAGCGUUUAUCAUGCUUGGACUCCAUUCCGAGUGCCUCCGCCUGAGCAGUCGGGACAUUUGAACUGAAUUUGGGAAUUGUUGAUGCUUCAGUGUUCACACACCUCUUAAAUAAAAUAAAAUAUUUCAUUGAGGAAAAUCAAUGGAAACGUUUUCUGACAUUUUAUUAUUGUAAUGGAAAAUUGUAAUUCUGUGAAGGUGUCAUUACAGACAGAAGACAUUUUUAUUAAAAUGCUAAAGCCAUUCAAUGAUAUGUGUAAAGUUUCAGCUGUUUAUUGUGUUGGCCUGUGUGAAAACAUCGUCAUUGUAUCCAUCAUCAUGUUAAAAAACAAGUAAUU